CGAAGCCCCCUACGCGCGUUCCGGGGCCACGUUCGCGUCGCUCCGUCACGUUUUCUGGGUCCCACCGAGCAGUCAGCGCUCCGCAGCCUUCUCCGAUCGUCUUCAGUGGCCUUCCCUCCGCCACCAGCGAGCAACGCGAGAGUGGAACAGAUGCCCGGAAAUUCAGAGGCGGGGGGGCCACACCGCCGAGAGGGAAAGUCCACCGUCUCCUCGAAGCAUGGACAGGAACAGACACCUGGCAGGUCACGGGGCGCCCACUCCUCCACCGCCAGGACAGACCCUGACACCAAGUGUAGCUUCUGCCACAAAGGCGACGAUGUGCUCAUGCUGGGGAAACUCUACGUGUCUUCCAAAAAGAUCGCCGCGCACCACAAGUGCUUGCUGUUUUCAUCUGGAACAAUUGAAGGCCCAAAGUCGAGCGGGGAGUUUGGAAGUUUUGACGUCAAGACGGUUAUGAAAGAGAUCAAGCGCGGAAAGAGAAUAAAAUGCUCCAAAUGCAGAAACCAAGGGGGCACGAUAGGAUGUGAAAUAAAAAAAUGUUCCAAAACCUACCACUACGUUUGCGGGAAGAUGGACUGUGCUAAAAUCAUAGAGAACUCCUCGAAGGGCAUCUACAAGCUCUACUGCAAGCAGCACCGCGGAGAAGACGGUCACGACGGCGACGACGACGACGACGACGACGACGACGCCGACGACGCCCUAGACACCGACGAAGAGAGCGACGGCAGCAGCAAAGCCGCCGGCGGCGGCGGCGGCGGCGGCGGCGGUAGCGACGACAGCGACCAGCAGCACCCCGGACCGGGCCCGAAUCUGGGGCGCAGCAACGGCCGGGGCGGCUUGCUCGGAAACAGCCGCCCCGCCGGAGACAGCAACUCGGCGAGCGAGUCGGACGGCGCCGGCGAGAACGGAAGCUCGCCGCUCGCGGGGGCUUCCCGCGGUGGCGAGGAGAAUUACAGUUGGUCCAUUACAGACCAGAAUUUUCUGCAGUAUGAUGACGAUGAUGACGAUGACAUUAUAGAACUCCCAAGUUUGUUCAGGCUGCGAAAUGCCUCGCAACAAAGAGGCGUGGACGGGGGCGUCGCGCAGACCGCACCGCCGGCCGCCGCCGAGGCCUCCGCCGAGGCCUCCGCCGAGGCCUCCGCCGAGGCCACGGUAGAAAAUGUCGGGGAGCGGAGCGUCGCUCUGCCGGAGGAGCACCAGGACUACGACUCGAUGCCUGGGCUGGAGGAACUCGCCCCACUCUCGCCGCAGGAGAUGGAAGGGCACGAAGCUAUCCCCGACACCGUGAAGGACUUGUUCAAGGAAUUGUGGCUGAAGUUUAUCGAGGCGAGCAAGGGGACGUGCAGAGUUGGCGGCGACGACGAAGGAGCCGUGCAGUGGUGGCAGAAGGAGUGCAAGGUCUUGGUGAAGCUGUGGCCCAAAGCCCCGGCAGACGCAGGAGGAGUAAGAGGAGAGGAAGGCCGGGCGGCGUCUGUGGACGCCCGGCCCGGAACGCCGGAUUGCGACGCGUGCGACGACCUGGACGAGACCUUGUUGACACCGGAGGAUGUCACGAGCGAGCACGCGGUAGCAGGGCCCGGGAUCGCUGCCGGACACCAAUCGGCAACGCCACCGCCGUCACCGCCGUCACCGCCGUCACCACCACUACACCCGCAUGUGCCCGGGCCCGCACAGCCAACGUCUGGACGCACGUUUGACUUAGCAGCAGCAGCAGCAGCACCGCGGGCGGCUGUGGCGACGGAGGCACCAGCAGCAGUGUUGGCACACGAUAGCGGGAGCUGCUGCGGUGCAGGCUGGUCCCCGGGAUUCCUGCGCAAACGCAAGUGGGCGACGGAAGAUGAUGACGAUGGAGGAGGGGUAGAAAGACGAGGCACGCGAACACGACGGAGCGGACAGAGGGGAAGGCUGCGACGUCAGCGGCACCGCCGACUUCGUCUGUCCCAGGCGGUGGCGUCACCGCGCGAUCCCGAAUCUCCCGACAACGUGUUCACCUACUCGUUGUCGCAGGACCUGACCCCCUUCACGUCCACACAGACGAACAGCUCGGCUGCCACCGAGAACCCAGAAAAUGCGGGUCCAGUGCCUGAGAAGAAAACCGAAACCCAGGAAGCGGAGUGUGGGAGUGAACCCGGUGACAUCAGCGACACGGACAGCGUCGCGAGCCAUUCGCUCCUGAACCCUUUUACGACGGCUGCCCUAGUAAGCAGUGCUGCUUUAGCCACAUGUACGAUGCCGACCAACGCGCAGAGCAUGCCGGCGCCCAGCCAGAACACUGACGCGUCGCCCACGCCUCCCGCGAAUGUGCCGGAGUCUCCCCACAACUCUCCUCCGCCACCUACGAUCAUGCCCGAGCCUCCCCGGGACUCUCCUCCGCCACGCGAGACCAUCGCGCCGGGGUCUUCCCGGAACGCUCCUUCACCGCCUCCGACUGUGCCGGAGUUUCGGGAUGUGUCCACCCCUUUGCUGCACCUCCUGUCGGCACCUGCGCAUGACGUCUCACAACUGGACGUGGAGUACGUCCGUAGGUUCUGGUCGCACCUCAGGGAGAUGGGGAAGGUGGAGGCGGUGUUUGACAUCAUCUCGCAGGGCCUGGACGACCUCAAGCGGAACGUCGUGACCGUCAACGCCACCAACCAGGCACUUGUGCAGUCCUUCUCGAUGAUCACCGUGAUGGGGAAGUAUGACGUGAUCCUGUCCACCCUGAAACGAGACUGGGCCGAGCGGCGCUGGCGCCUGGAGGAGGAGGGCCGGCGCCUGCAGCUGCUGGCGAGCGCAGAAGCUCCGCCGGCUCGGGGCGACGCGCGAGGGCAGCGCGGGGCCACGACGUCGUCCGCCACGUCGUCGCCGCCGCCAUCGACGACGGCGUCGGCACGCCGCGGCUCGCACCGGCGGUGCGACGAGCGGUGCUGCGUGGCGCCGUGCCCCCCGUCGCUGUGCUACGACGUGCCGCGCUGGACCAACCCGCUGCGCUUUCCCCUGCUGCACGGAUUCCAGCGCCUGCCCUCCACCUCGCAGGUGCACUACCGCGCGCCCUGCGGGCGGCUGCUUGGCUCCGCGGACGAGGCACGCCGCUUCCUGGUGGACUCCGGCUGGCGCCAAUUCCUCUGCGCGCGCCUCUUCUCCUUCAACCCGUCCGUCGGCGUGUCCUCCGAGCCCAACCCGGCGCUGCUGCCCGCCGACAACGGCGCCGGGCCCGGCUACUGCCCGGCCGCCCUGCGCCUCCUGCCGCCCGGCUCGGGGCUGCCCCAGCUGCUGGUGGAGGACCUGUCGGAGGGCAGCGAGACGCACGUGGCGGUGCCUUGCGUGAACUCGCUGGGGCUUGACGCGCCCGAGCCCUUCCUGUACCGCUGGCGCCCGUCCUGCGGCUCGGUGCCCAGGCAGGGGCGCCGCUACUGCGUCGCCUGCGACUGCGUGGACGACUGCGGAGACGCGGAGAGCUGUGCCUGCCGGAGACUGUCGGCCAGCGUCGCCCUGGAGGGAGGGAGCUCCACGAGCUACGUCCACGGGCGUCUGCUGGGAAAAGUUCCCUCGGGAAUCUACGAGUGCAACGCGCGUUGCGCUUGCAGCAGGAGGGGUCGAGCGGCCUUAGCAGUCAACGCGGAGCAGAUGGAGGUGGAGGUGGAGGAGGAGGAGGAGGAGGAGGAGGCCACAGAGGAGACGGUAGCGUGGCGGUGGCCAUGUGAGAACCGCGUAGUUGGUGACGGGCUGCGCGUGAGGCUGCAGGUGUUCCGCACCAGGCCGCCGGGCGGGUGGGGCGUGCGCUGCGUGGACGAUCUGGACGCCGGCGCCUUCGUGUGCGUCCACGCCGGGGUCAUGGAGGAGAGUCACGUGACGCAGCAGGGGUCGGCGUCGCCCACAGACGGUGGUCACGACCUCGCGGGAGCAGCAGCAGCAGCAGCAGCGGAGGCAAUGCCUGGACGUGGAGGAGUGGCUGGCCCCGGUGUUAGAAGAAUCUUGGGAGUUGCCGUACCAUCUUACAAGGGAUGCCUAGAGAGUCUGAGCUCCGAGUCGGAGGGAGAGCAUUUUGCAUAUCAGCUGGACACGAGGGAGGGGAGCGUGGGGAGGUUUAUAAACCACAGCUCCAGCCCCAACAUGUUCAUCCAGGAGGUGUUUGUGGACACGCACGACCCGCGGUUCCCGUGGCUCGCGCUCUUCACCCACAGGUUCGUGCGGGCGGGCGAGGAGCUGACGUGGGACUACAGCUGCCGGCAGGGCGCCGCCGCCGAUUCGUCCGCGUGGCUGCCCGCCGCACCGUCGCCCCCGCAACCGACGGUCGCUCCCAACGCCGCCUCUGAUCCCCGCCACCCUUCGUCGGGCCGAGUCGGUCCAAUGCUCCAGUAGUCGCUGUGCGAAUAUAGUAACGUACUGGGAUUGUCUGGCAAGCGAUGUUUCCGCAACAGCGUGGAGACUCCGCUAACAAAUCAGCAUUGCCUUUGCACGCUGUACAUUGUCUGAGCUUGGGGUGUGCAAUUUUAUAUAUAUGUAAAAAAAAAAUCGCUCUUGAGAUAUUUUUCUUUUAAGGGUCCCCCCCCCCCACCAAAAUAUGUUUUUCUUAUUUGCAGCGCAGUAAUACCCCGGUUUACAUCGGGGUAUUUACGUGGUCUCGCAAAUACGUCGUCACUUUAUUAUGACCACUACCUGAAUUGCAUUGCCUCAACCCCCACACGUCGCUGACGGCGGCAUCCGUCCUUUCGCCGAGUCAUCCACUAACCAGGAUUUUAACUCGCGACCUUCUGAUUGUGGUCCGCUUGCUUUUCCGCUGAGCCACCUGGCCAGUUGGCCAGCUCGAGGGGGGGGGGGGGGGGGGGGGGGGGGUUGAAAUUAUGUUUUUUUUUUAAAUGUACGAACAAGUUUCCCGGAAAAAAAUGUUUCCAGUCUGGAAAUUACCUCGGCUGAGGAAUAACGGUUUUGGAGCUUGAGGUUGGUGAGCAGUGCACCUCCUGCUCACAGUAAACAUUCCCACCGCUCCAUGCAGCCAUUGCACCGCAGAGUGGAGCGGGCAAGCAGUUUUGUGUGGCUGUAUUGGGUAUUGAGUUACCAGCUUGUCGGCAGUUUCAUUAAUGAAGCACAGAGCCUAGAUGGAGGUUUUUUUUAUUUUCCAAUGCAAUUGUGAUUUAACUGUUCGUCCCUGGCUGGCUCGGCUGCAGUGGUUAGCACGUUGCAGUAUGAGCACUGUGAUCCCGAGUUCGAUUCCAGGCCAUGGCCAACAAGCGGCGAGCGAUAUCUGAACCAAAUUCUUGACUUAAAGCUUUCGUGACUGCAGGAAUUCAUAUUCUUUGGAUCUUUCGGUAAAGUCACGUGGAUAUGUUCAA